AUGUUCAUCCCUCAGUCAUCCCGUGGGCGUGGAGCAAUACCGAUUCCAAUACAUUCCAUCCGUGCGACCGGAGACACUCGAUCAAGGAGGCAGGAAUUUCCUCCUUUAACACCCGAUAAAAUCCAGGCUUCCGAUAACGAGCUAGAUUUGAUGGUCUUGGAUCCCGCAUGGCUGGAGCAGUACCCAAGUCACAAACACGAGGAUGUGUUCUUCCGCUCAAUCCUCCCUAGACUCGUGCAGCGUGUUGCCGAAUGCACCCCACAAUGGAAGUUCACAACUGAGCCUCUUACUCUUCCGGCCAACUCGUGGACAAGGGCAUUCCAUGAAAAGAGCUUCGAUGCCGAGAAAGCAUUCGCAGAAUACAACGAGUCUCGCGUUAGUCACCUUGCUUCACUGCAUGAAUACAUGAUUCUCGAACGAGCGAAAGUCAUGUGCGAACGGCUUUGGGCACAAUGCAGGGAAUUUUUUCUCCUUGGUCUUGCAUUCCAUUCCAUGGGUCCCAUGGGUGACAGUAAGGAGAUGAAGCUCGACAUGGCAGCUUCAGAAUACAAGUCUUGCGGCGAAGCAAUGCACGCAAUCCGGCUAGCCAAGGAUCAAAGCAUCUACUCCCAGGAAUUUGUUAAAUUGUGUGAAGAGCAAAUCUCGAGUUCCUCCAACUUCUGGUCUGGACUUUAUUCAGAGAAUACCGAGCCUUCUUACGCCACCGGCAACUUCUCAAACCCAGAGGACACUAUCGUUGAACACGUCCAAAAAUGGACAAAAGUAUUUGUAGCUGCAACUAACGAAUAUCGAACCAAACGACACAUUGACCAAUGGGUAAACACUUCAUGCUUUGGUAGAUGGAAUCAAAUUACUGCUCUUGGUAUAAAACAAGGAAAAAUGAAGGACUGGCCUGGCAAAGAGGUAAUGACUAAUGUCUGGAGUACAUAUCGAGACGGCCCAUUGGACACAGCCGUCAGCUACAGUGACCCAAAAGCUGUUGGGUGGGUUAUCCUCAGCACAAAUGUUCGAUCGCUCUGUUCCCGUGCUGGAUCAACCGAGAUCGUCUGCGAUCCCAUUCAAAACAUCGCGAAUCUAAGGCAGCAAAUUGGAAGAGAAAUGGUUUACGCAGCAGGUUUACAACAUAAGAUCGAAGAGAUGGAGGAAGAGAAACGUUUGCAGCAACGCAUUAUUGCAACGCUUUCCUUUCGAUAUCUUAUUGAGUCGCUAUCAAGCUACCAAUACCCGCAGAUGAGCGGUACCGAUAGCUGGCUGAGCUUCUGGGCCGAGGCUUGGAAUGCUUCACUUAUUGCCGACCAGCUGAAGGUUAGAACACAUCCAUUGAGAUCCCUGCGAAAUAGCUGCCACGGAGACCAGAAACGCUUAAACAAAAUCGAUGAAUGUGCAAAGGGACUAUACAGCAGCCUGAGUACUUACAUUCAUCGCUAUUGUCAUGAUCAAGUGUCUUUGCCUGAUGAUCAAUGGGAUCCAAUCAAGUCUGAUAUUUUCAAGGCAUUGAAACCCAAGGAUGGGCUCUGCAGAGAUGUCAACUGGGAGACAGAAAGCGAAAACUUCUUCCCUUCAUCGGAAAUAGCUCUGGCGGAAGUUGUGGCCGAUAAUACCACGUCUGAUACCGAGUCUACGCAUACAAAUGAUACGGACCCAGUGUUAUCUCUUGCUGGAGAGCCAGAUCAGCAUGGUAUACCAGAGCGUACCAGUGUCAACAACCGAUGCUGA